AUGUCUUGUUUCCACGCCACUUUCGCUGCUGCUCCCGACGUCACGCCACCAAACACUGAAGAGUUCCCACUAGGGAAAUUCCUCUCCCUCCGCGGCCACGCCGUCUCCUUCCUCACCACCCCCGGCAACGUCGCUCGCCUCGCCGGCGCCCACCCCGAACUCCCUCCCUCCCUCCGCCUCGUCUCCCUCCCCUUGCCCCGCGUCCCCAACCUCCCGACCUCCGCCGAGUCGACCUCCGACUUGGACAUCGACUCGGUCCCCUACCUCAAGAAGGCCUACGACCAGCUCGAGCCGGCCCUGGCCCGGUUCCUCUCGGACGGUCGUGUCGACUGGGUGAUCCACGACUUCGCCAGCCACUGGCUCCCCCGGGCCGCCGCUCGGCUCGGGGUCCGCUCGGUGUUCUUCAGCACCAUCAACGCAACCUCGCUCGCCUUCCUCGGCCCGCCGUCGGAGCUCCUCGGAGGCCGGUGCCAUAAGCCGGAGGACUUGACCUGCGUGCCGGCGUGGAUCCCGUACGAGUCCACAGCUUGCUUCAGGCUUUAUGAGGUACUGAAGCACCAGCGGUGCAUGGACGAGGAGGUCUCCGAUUUCUCCAGGUUCGGUCACACGAUCGACGGCUGCGACUUCGUGAUAGUGAGGAGCUGCCGCGAGUUCGAAUCGGAGCCGUUGAGCUUGUUGCCGGAGAUUUACCAGAAGCAUGUGCUUCCAAUCGGGCUAGUGACGCCAGCUAUCCGAGACGAGGUUGGAGCCGACGAUGAGAAAUGGAAAGCCCUGGAAAGUUGGCUCAGCGCCAAGCGCGAGAAAUCGGUGCUGUAUAUCGCGCUUGGAACUGAAGUGAUUUUGAGUAGCGAGUUGACGAACGAGUUGGCCGCCGGGAUUGAGAAGUCCGGGUUACCAUUCGUUUGGGUGGUUAGGAACAGCCUCGUGCCGGCCGGGUUCGAGGACCGAGUCUCGGACCGAGGGUUUGUGUGGGCGGGCUGGGCCCCGCAGACUCGGAUCUUGGCCCACGAGGCAAUCGGCGGGUUCCUGACGCACUGCGGCUGGAACUCCACGAUCGAGGCACUGAGCCACGGGCUGCCCCUGGUGCUGUUCUCCGGGGGGAGCUCGGACCAGGGCGUGAUGGCCCGGUUCCUGCACCAGAAGCGGGUCGGGUUCGAGGUGCCCCGGGAUGAGGCGGAUGGGUCAUUCACGGGCAACGUGGUGGCCGAGUCGAUCCGGCAGGUCAUGGUGGAGCCCGAUGGCGAGCCGAUUAGGGAAAAUGCAUGGGCCAUGAAGGAGGUGUUUGGCAACAUGGAGUUGCAAAACAAAUACAUGGAGGAAUUCGCAGGGAUAUUAGAGAAAAGUGCCACUAAGGACCAAAAGAUGGCGAACCGUGUUGACUGGGUGAUCCACGACUUUGCCAGCCACUGGCUUCCGGGGGCCGCAGCUCAUUUUGGGGUUGGCUCCGUGUUCUUCAGCACCUUCAAUACGACCACGCUCACGCUCCUCGGCCUGCCGUCGGAGCUCAUCAGCGGCCGGUUUCAGAAGCCAGAGGACCUGACCAGCGUACCGACAUGGAUACCAUACGAGACCACAGUUUGCCUCAGGCUCCAUGAAGUAUUGAGGCACCAGCGGUGCAUGGACGACGAGGUCUCCGAUUUCUGCAGGUUUGGCCACGUGAUUGACGACUGCGAUUUCGUGAUCGUGAGGAGCUGCCGUGAGUUUGAAUUGGAGCCGUUGAGCUUGUUGCCAGAGCUUUACCAGAAGCCAGCUAUUCCGAUCGGGCUAUUGACGCCCAGCAAUUCGAGAGGAGGUUGGAGAUGA